UUUGCUCUCUUCACAAAUAGAACACGGCUCUCCAACUCAGGCAGUCCCAAUCUGACCUUCAAGCACACGGAACCCUAUAACGGGAGAUCGGUGGGGGACUGUCGAGAGAAAAAUACCCAAUCUAAACUUCUGCCAUUUUAACCGUUCAUCACCAUCACCAUCAUCACCAUCAUCAUCAUCAGUGCGUGUACUGGCAACCGCCGGAUCAGCUGGACUAUACUUUCUAUUUUUUGGCAACAAGACAUUCAGGGGAGAGGAAAACAGUUUAUUCCUGCCUUGACUUCUCCCCGUUCCUCAUCUCUACACCGAUUUGUAGUCGUUUUCCACCAGUUUGCUUUGCACACUUGCAGAGGAGGUGAGCUGAGCUGUGUGCCUGUUGUGUGUGUAUGCCUGUCUCGCAGCAGAACCAGUCGGAUGCUCUGAGCCUACCCGACGCAGAGCUGUAUAUGGAAGUUGUGGGCUACAAGGCAGGAACGAGCUGUUGCACAUUGCGUCGUUCAAGAGCGGGAGCCAUGCUGUUCCACGGGAUCUCCGGUGACCACAUCCAGGGCAUCAUGGAGGAGAUGGAGAGGAGAUCCAAAACCGACUCGCGCCUGGCCAAGGGCGUGCGGCUCAACGGAAGGGAAGCGACCAUGCCUUCCAUGGGCCCUGAGAAGCCCGCGUUGUGUGCCGGCUGUGGAGGCAAAAUCUCGGAUAGAUAUUAUCUGCUCGCUGUGGACAAACAAUGGCACCUACGGUGCCUCAAAUGCUGUGAAUGUAAACAGCAUUUGGAGUCAGAGCUCACGUGUUUCGCCAAGGAUGGCAGCAUCUACUGCAAAGAGGAUUACUACAGAAGGUUCUCGGUGCAGAGGUGCGCACGCUGCCACCUCGGGAUCUCGGCAUCUGAGAUGGUGAUGCGCGCGAGGGACUCCGUGUACCACCUGAGCUGCUUCACGUGCACCACGUGCAACAAGACCCUGACCACCGGCGACCACUUCGGCAUGAAAGACAGCCUGGUGUACUGCCGGGUCCACUUCGAGACCAUAGCCCAGGGAGAGUACCCGCACCCUGGCCUCAACUAUGCCGAGAUGGCGGCUAAAGGUGGAGGUCUGGCGCUGCCAUACUUCAAUGGCACUGGAACAGCUCAGAAGGGAAGGCCUCGGAAGAGGAAGAGCCCCGCCAUGGGCAUAGACAUCACCAGCUACAACUCAGGUUGUAAUGAGAAUGAUGGGGACCACCUGGACCGUGACCAGGCCUACCCUCCCUCCCAGAAGAACAAGCGCAUGCGCACCUCCUUCAAGCACCACCAGCUCCGCACCAUGAAGUCCUACUUUGCUAUCAACCACAACCCAGACGCCAAGGACCUGAAACAGCUGGCCCAGAAGACAGGCCUCACCAAAAGAGUUCUACAGGUAUGGUUCCAAAACGCAAGAGCCAAAUUCAGAAGGAACGUUUUGCGUCAGGAGAAUGGUGUUGACAAGGCCGACGGCACGUCACUCCCUCCACCCUCGUCCGACAACGGCGCUCUGACACCCCCCUCCAGCACGGCCACACUAACAGACCUGACCAAUCCCUCUAUCACUGUAGUGACCUCCGUCACGUCUAGUUUGGACAGCCAUGAUUCGGGGAGCCCCUCACAGACUACCUUGACAAACCUUUUCUAGCAAGCUCUACGACUCCUAGCUCUUAACUCAUUUUUGUUUUUUUCCCCCAAUUUGCAAUUCGAUUUUUUAAAACAACAUCUUUAAAGAAAACAGAGACAGUUCCAUGGAUACAUUAAGUACUGUACUGUACUGUACACACAACAAAAAGCAGCAAGAACAACGACAACAACUACAGCAACAUUUAAACAGGAGGAAAUCCUUUUGAUGUGUAGCACUUGCAACCUCUUGGCAGCUGAGUUUGUAGUCAACGUAUUUAGUGACUGGUUUUGUGCAAAGGACGUUUUGAAUCUGGAAGGCGUUGACAAAUUAUUUAGAGGGUUCAACAAUCUGGGUCACAGCCCAAAUGAAACUAUUUAAAUGAGAAUAGUAUAAUAUUUGUACUUUCUUUUAUUUCAUUUGUUCAUUUGAUUUGAUUUAGUCUAAAUUUAUCCGCCCCUGAUAAUUAAUUUCAAAUCAUUAAUACUAUGUUAGCUCUAUCCUAUUUAAGGCAUAUUUUGAUAUUCCCCUUUUUUAAUCAUUGAAAUAUGAAUUUGCAGAAUGUUGUGUAAAAGAUCAUUCAGAGUUAUCCUGGAUGUUACAAGACAUGGGAGCGUUAUAUAGAUUAGUCAUUUCUAAUCUCUAAAUUGCGUUGUAUACAUUACAAUAACCCCAACAUUACAACUCAAAUGCCAGGUGGCUGCUGUGACCUCAACAUGCAUUUUGUCUUGACAUGAUACACCUCAACUGUGAUAGAAAAUAAUAAGAAUGGAACAAAUCUAUAGAUCUGUUCAGUGGUAACUGUCCAACAUGUAGUGCAAUCACGUUGAUAUUAGAACGUGGUCAACAAUAGAAAUCAGUGAGUGAAAUUCUGAUUGGGACAGAGUUAAUGGGCACUGUUUGAAAUUAUUGUUUCCAUUAUAGAGCACUUUUUACUAAUCUGUUGGCCUCAUUUUACAUACCAACACACGAAUGGAAAAACAGUAGUUUAUCUGGAUUCAGCGUGCCCGUAGAAUUACUGUUAAAUACAAUUGCACAGUGACAAUAUACUGCCCAGUGAAAAGUGCAUUAUUAUCAUGUUGCUCAGGGUAAAAGAAGAGUUGAUUCUGAAACAGGUAAGAAGGGAGGAGAGGAAUCUAAUAAAAAGUGAGGGAUGACGAUGUGGCACAUUAGAUGUGUAGAAGCUGACAGAAACAUUACAAUGACCUCGGAAAACUGGAGAUGGUAGACAGCCAGUGGGACAAAGAAAUCAUCCUCCACGUUUUGUCCUUUUUGGCCAUAUUUAAACUUUACCGACACUUGCUACUGAACAGACCAAAUUUUUUUUUUUUCCUCUGGCUGAUUUAAGAGAAAGAGAGACAAAAGGAAGAGGAGUCCUUGCUGCGGGGGUUACAUAAUUUUUUAUUUUUUUGUCUCCUGGGCCAGCUGUUUAAGGUCGUUGGCGUCGGGUUGUGGUUGAUAGCAAAGCAGGACUACAUGGUGCAGAUUAACAUUUUAGUCAUUUAUCAGACGCUCUUAUCCAGAGCCACUUACAGGCCCCCCGUGGGAAACGAACCCACAACCCUGGCGUUGCAAGCGCCAUGCUCUACCAACUGAGCUACAGGGAGACUACAAAGAAAAAGAGAGUCCUUGCUGCGGGGUUCAAACAUUUUAUUGUAAUUGUCACAAUUUGUUCUAUUGUAGAACAUAGUGUUACUCUCAAUCUACUUGAUGAAGUAGAUGCCUAACUCGGUUCUACUAUGUGCCUUAUGCUAUAACUUGGAAGAAAGUUUGUGAACUUCAGGAUUAUAUGUGUUGUUUGUUGACUGAUUCACAUCCUUUUGACGCCUCACUAGUUUUGUACUGUUUUGCAUCUUAUUUCUGAAGAUCUUUUUAUGGUGUAUCCUGUUAGAAAGGGGCCAGCGAUGUCAUAGAAAGUAUUUGUGCACUCUUUCAGAUAUAGUUGGUUAAUCCAAUAAUCUUAUAUAUUGAUCUCCGUGUUAAUAGUUGAGUACAGUAAGUGUUCUAUCGAGAUUGUCCAUGUUUCCCUGUUUCUUGACUAAGAUGGUGUAUAGAAACUAUUUCUCCUUAAAUAUUUAUGGACCAAACGGUUGUUAUAUAUCUUAUUAAAUUUGUGUGAAUAAAAAAUA